CCGGAGGGGAAGGUGUUGAGUGGGACUCUCCAGGGGGUUUUUGGUUGUCAGAGGGACGGGAGGUUGUAAGGUCCGGGGCCCCGAGCUCUCAGGCACAGGGGGCCCGGAGAAAUGGCUGUGUUGCUACGGAUCCUGAGCCUGUGACCGGACUUGAUUGCUUCCGAGGAGGAUGAGCCUGCUGUGUGCGCAGUAUCUCCGCGAGCUAAAUGGCUCUAAAGGUAAAAUAUGCCUUUCUAAAAAUCUGAGUGACCUCGCAGUACUGACAUCUUGGAUAAUCUCGCCACACCAGGGAACCCAUAAAGUUGGCGUGUCCGCUGUGCAAAAAUGACAUGCUCUAAAGAACCAGCAUUGCAGGCUGAAGUCCUGAAAGCAGAUAUGUCAGAUUCCAAGCCUGGCACAGCAGAGGUGUGGACGUCCCGUCAGGCUCUUCAGGACUUGUAUCAAAAGAUGCUGGUAACUGAUCUGGAAUAUGCACUGGACAAGAAGGUGGAACAGGAUCUCUGGAAUCAUGCCUUCAAAAACCAGAUCACAACUCUGCAAGGCCAGGCGAAGAAUCGCACAAACCCAAAUCGCAGUGAGGUACAGGCCAAUUUGUCACUGUUCUUGGAGGCAGCUAGUGGAUUUUACACACAGCUUUUACAGGAGCUCUGCACUGUGUUUAACGUGGAUCUGCCUUGCCGUGUGAAGUCCUCGCAGCUAGGGAUUAUCAGCAAUAAGCAGAUUCACUGUGGGACGGUGGUGAAACCACAGUCUAGUUCCUGUUCCUACAUCUGCCAGCACUGUCUGGUUCAUCUGGGAGACAUUGCUCGCUAUAGGAAUCAGACCAGCCAAGCAGAAUCUUAUUACAGACACGCUGCUCAGCUUGUCCCUUCCAAUGGUCAGCCAUACAACCAGCUGGCUAUUCUCGCCUCUUCAAAGGGGGACCAUCUGACCACUAUUUUCUACUACUGUCGCAGCAUUGCUGUCAAGUUCCCAUUCCCCGCAGCAUCCACCAAUCUGCAGAAGGCCCUUUCCAAGGCCUUGGAGAGUCGUGAGGAAAUGAAGUCACGCUGGAGUGUAUCAGAUUUUAUCAAGGCAUUUAUCAAGUUCCAUGGGCACGUCUACCUUGCAAAGAGCCUGGAGAAAGUGAGCCCUCUCCGUGAGCAACUAGAGGUGCAGUUCAAGAACAUGCUUUUUCAGAAAGCCUUUAACUCCCAGCAACUGGUUCACAUCACAGUGAUAAACCUGUUUCAGCUACACCACCUGCGAAGUUUCGGCACUGAGGCAGAGCAGCAGACCUUCAGCAAGGAGGAGGAUCUGUGCUGGUCUCAGCUGUUAGCACUGUUCAUGUCAUUCUUGGGCAUCCUGUGCAGAAGUCCCCUAAAGACCUAUCACUGUGAGGAGACCGCCUGUGCUGAUCCACUUCCUGCAAUCAAGGUUUCCUUAGACUGGAUGAAGCUGCGUCCCACUGUCUUCCAGGAGACUGCAGUUGAGGAAAGACAGUAUGUUUGGCCGUGGCUGAUUUCACUUCUGAACAGUUUUCAUGUACUGGAAGAGGACCUUUCCAGCGCAAACUUGUUACCACUUCCAGAGGAGUUUGAACUACAGGGAUUCCUGGCUCUUCGACCAGCUUUCAGGAACUUGGACUUCUCUAGAGGUCACCAAGCCAUCACAGGAGACAAAGAUGCCCAGCACCGACAGCUGAGGCCUUUACGCCUUGUGUCCCUAGGGAAGUGGAUUUGUGAAACCCACUCUCGAUUGAUGCAAUAUCGAAGUGUUGCUGGUGAGAUCACUUUCUUCACAGAUAUCCCAGAACUUUUGAUAGAAGAUGCUGAUGAAUUAGAUGACACAUCUUCUCCAUUAGAGACUUGCCAAACUGAAAGUCAAACAAAUGAAGGAAGCCCUGGCUUAAAAUCUGUUCUCUGCACGGGUCGUAGCCCCAGUUGUGAAACAUCUGAAAAGCCAGUUGUCACCUUUAAAGAGAACAUUAAACCACAAGAGGUGAACCGGGAAAUACCAGCACGAAGCUACUCAAAGACUGUGAAUACUGGGAAAGAACAGAGAGACUUUACUAAGGGGAUGAUUUCUUCUGUCAAUAAGAAGGAUAUUAAUAACAUCAAGAGGAAAACGGAACCCAAGAAACCCAGCAAUGAGAAGAUGCCGGAUCUGGGGAAACAGAGCAUUGCAGUGCAGGUAAAGUCUCAGACGGAGUUGAGGAAAACUCCAGUGUCUGAAGCCCGGAAAACUCCAGUGACUCCGACCACAAGCCAGAGCACCAAUGCCCAGUUCAUCCCCAUCCACCAUCCUGGAGCUUUUCCUCCACUUCCCAGCCGACCAGGUUUUCCACCACCAGCGUAUGUUAUACCACCACCUGUGGCAUUUUCCAUGAGUUCCGGAUAUAAUUUUCCAGCUGGUGUUCCAGGAUCAUUCCUGCAACCUUCAUCUCACUCGUCUGCUGGGAACCAGGGUCCACCAGGAAAACCGUCCCACAUUCCUUAUAGUCAGCAGCGGCCCUCUGGCCCAGGGACUCCUAAUCAGACAGCACUUGGCCAGACACAGGCUCCGUCCAGUUCGCCCACUCAGUCCAGCUCACAGACUGCAGCACAGCUGCAGAUCCAAACAAUGGCCCAGCAACAGCAGUCUCCGACUAAACCAAUACAGUCCCUUGGGAAGAACCCCCAGCAUCAUCCUUCACUCCAGCAGGUACUAGAGUACCAGCAGACAGAUGCAUCAAAACAGCUAUGGAGCUCUCCACAGGUCUCCGGCCCAAUUGGAAAGCUGCUAUCUGUGAAGCACCCCUAUUAUAUUGAAGGGCGUGAACCUUUAAGCAUGUUGGAGCAGUGCCUACAGCACCCAGUCAUGCAGCAGCCAUUGGAGAAGAAGAUGAAGCCUUUUAACUUGGAUGCCUAUAACCAGAGCACUUCUGAUGUCAAGAUGGCAGAUUUCUACUGGGGGGACUCCUCUUACAAUAUGCCCGAUAACCGGGCACUUUUGGCACACCAGUCUCUUAACCAAAGGGGCAAGCGCCAGCCGACGGGAUACCCCUCUGGCCAGGACUCAGUUGCUAGAAUGCCCUUUGAGGAACCCAAGCGUUCCCCUCUCCUGCCCCCGGACCUGUUAAAGAGUCUGGCUGCUCUAGAGGAGGAGGAAGAACUGGCUUUCUCCCCUCCUCCUGACUUUUACCCAGCUCUGCUCGGCCCUCUGGCCUCUCUCCCCGGACGAAGCCUCUUUAAGUCUCUUCUGGAAAAGCCAUCUGAGCGGAUAUCCCAGCCCCCCUCUUUCCUCUCGCUCACUGGAUUUUCCCUCAGUCAGGAAAGAUACCCCAAUAACAGUGUGUUUAAUGAGGUGUAUGGUAAAUCACCAUGUCCUAGCACAAAGCCUGAACUAUUUCCUCCAGUGGGCCAGCAGGAGACCUCACUCUAUUCUCUGUUUGAGGGCAAGCCAUGGUCCCCAUCACUUCCAGCAAGCUCAGAUCAUUCUACACCAGCCAGCCAAUCGCCUCACUCCUCAAACCCGAGCAGCUUGCCCAGCUCACCACCCACCCACAACCACACUUCCCAGCACUUCUCCAACUUCGGACCCAUUGGCACUCCAGACAGCAGAGAUCGCCGGUGUGCUGACCGCUGGAAGUCUGACAAGCCAGCAAUGGGGAGCUUUGGGCUGGACUACCUGUCUGUGAAUGCGUCUUCUGAGAACAGUUGGCGUCCUGUAAACAACUCUGGCAGCGGCGGAAAUGCGUGGGCUGCUCAAGGUAACCCUCGAGAGGACUCUUCAGCUGCACUUAUGGAGAGCUUGAAGUCCAUUUGGUCGACUACGAUGAUGCAUCCUGGCCCUUCAGCAUUGGAGCAACUCUUGAAGCAGCAGAAGGAGAAGCAGCAGAGGGGGCAAGGAUCAUUAAACCCUCCACACUGAAAGAGAAGGGGAGAAGAACCCAGCGAUAUGGCAUGAUUAGUCAGCAGCACAGGGCAUGAUCUGUCCUGAGCCCUGAGGAGGGCAGUCCUCUCUCCCCCCUUACCGAUCUGGGGGGAGCACGUGUGGGGAAGCGUUCCGCAACUCUCACCAAAUCUGAAAACCCCCAGCCCCGCAGGCGACAAAUCACCUGACGGACAUGGCAGAAAGUUCCCAUCCAGUGGGAGCGUGGGACUUCUUGGGUUUGGGGGAAUGGGGGUAUUGUACCUCCAUCUUUAUCGUUAUUUGUGCAUGCCUCUCACAGCACCCUCGGAAUCUCUGCCUAACACAUGGAUAGCAAAAUAUCCCCCAGCAGCAAAAGGCAGGCAGGGGACAUGAGAACUUCCCCCAACAUCUGAGUUUUAAUGAGUUUUGUGGUUGUUUUUAGGUGGUGGGUGCACAAGUACACCCUCAUAUCCAAUUUACAACUGAAUGUCAGGACCUCUGUCCAUUAGAAAGGAGUAGAGGAAUUUAUCUCCUCGUUCACCAGCUUGUGCUGGCUGAAGGAGGUAUGAUUGACUGGAUGAUUAUUUUAUUCCUUCCCCAUUUAAGGGAUUUGGGUGAGGGGUCGAGUGUAUGUCAGUUAUGGAUGCUUGCUUGUUCCCAUUGAGUGUCCUUAAUCUACUUUUGUGUCUGUCUCUCCCUGCCUGCUUUAAUGUAACGUGUGUAGGUGCGUGUGUGCUCGAUGUGUUCCCCUAAUGCUGUAUACUACAGAUUGGGUACAGGCAUAUUAGAGGAGGUGCUUUUUAAGUUGAGGCAAAAAAAUAAUUAAUAAAUAGGACAGAUAGAAGAAGGCUGAACCAGCCUCACUGUUACAAUUAGAUGGCAGCUGUAGACAUUUCUUUUAUCCUGCCCCUUUGGGGAGCCCCUUUCAAAUGGCGGAGGGGUUAUAUGAGUAUAAGAUUGUGGCAAUGCAAAGCUGGGUACACGUGCCAGAGCUUAUAGCACAAUACAGUAGCAUAGCGAAUGUUGUGCCCCCCUGUAGGGCAUCCUGAAAAGCAACGCAAAUCAAUCAGCAAGCAUAUUGGGAUAUUUCUGCAGGGUGAGCAAGAUGGUAUAUGCAGCCACCACAUGUAAUCUAGAAGAAAGGAGCAGUCUCAUCUGGUUUGUCCCUUAUAGUGUGGGGGCGCGUUUGUGUAUACCAUGGGUAUCCUGAGUACCGUAGCACUUUCAGCACUUCAUGCAGCGAGUAUGCACACUGUUCGGGGCAGGACUUAUCAUUCGUAAUUUAUGAUUAUCUUUAGAAGAAAGCAGUUCUCUUUGACUGGAAAACGAGGUAGCGAGGUGUCCUUCUGGCCACGUUUACUUCAUUAAGACCCAGUAAGUGCAGAGACGUCAAUUCACUUCCUUGUGUUCUUGUGUGAGCACCGUCUGCUAGGCUCUGCUGCUUUACCAUUAAUAAACUCAUCUUCUCUACAA